AUGCCUGACCAAGGAGCAGGGGGACUACAUCCUUCGGGAGGUCCACAGCGGGAAUCUGCGGUGACCACUCUGGAUCCCGAUCGCUCGCACACAAGGUCUUCCGGCAGGCGGUUCGGUAGUGUCCCUCAUAUUCCCGCUGAGCCGCUGUCACCGAUCGUGAGCCCAUGGCCGUUCGCCCAGUGGGGACUAGAUCUAAUUGACCCGAUGCCAGAGGGCAAGGGUCAGGUCAAAUACGCUGUGGUUGCCGUAGACUACUUUACCAAAUGGGUAGAAGCCAAAGCCCUAGCGACAAUAACGGCAGCCAGGGUCGAGGAUUUCGUCUGGACGAACAUUUGCUGCCGAUUCGGCAUCCCCUACGCCAUCGUCACGGAUAACGGCAGGCAGUUUGAUUCGAAAGUCUUUAGGCAAUUCUGCACCCGACUCAAGAUCAACCUGUUCUUUGCUUCGCCAACACACCCCCAAUCGAACGGACAGGUCGAAGCCAUGAACAAAAUUGUCAAGAAGCUGUUGAAACGGCAGCUUGACAAAGCCAAAGGAGCCUGGCCGGAAAAGCUUCCAGAAGCGCUAUGGGCCAUACGGACAUCCUACCGAACGGCAACAGGGGAAACACCAUUCUCUAUGGCUUUCGGUUCAGAGGCAGUAGUCCCAGUGGAAAUCGGAGAGCCCUCCUACCGAACGAAAACCUUCGCACCGAAGGCAAAUGAGGAAGCACUGGCUUUGAGCCUCGACUUACUCGAGGAACGCCGAGCACAAGCCAACCUUCGGAACGAAGCUUACAAGCAACGCGUCUCUCGGUACUAUGACUCCAGGGUCAGAUCCCGCUCUUUCCGAAUCGGAGAUUGGGUAAUGCGGAAAGUCUCUUUGGCAACCAAGGAUCCCAAGGAAGGAACCCUCGGACCUUCCUGGGAGGGACCCUACGAGAUCAUCGGUAUCCAGCGAUCGGGGACUUACCGACUCAGAGACUCCAACGGAAAGACCCUCGGUAAUCCUUGGAACGUAGAGCAUUUGAAGUACUAUUUCAAAUGA